AUGCCGGUGAGACGGGGCCAUGUGGCCCCUCAGAACACGUUCCUGGACACCAUCAUCCGCAAGUUCGAGGGGCAGAACCGAAAGUUUAUCAUCGCCAACGCGCAGGUGGAGAACUGCGCCAUCAUAUUCUGUAAUGACGCCUUCUGUGGGCUGUGUGGCUACAGCCGGGCGGAGCUCAUGCAGAAGCCAUGCACCUGCAGCUUCCUGUACGGACCGCACACCAAGAGAGCGGCGGUGGCCCAGAUGGCCAAAGCUCUGCUGGGAGCAGAGGAGAGGAAGGUGGAGAUCUCCCUCUACACUAAAGAUGGAGUUUGUUUCCACUGUGCCGUAGACGUGGUUCCAGUGAAGAACGAGGACGGCCUGGUCAUCAUGUUCAUCCUGAAUUUUGAGCUCCCCACUGACCCCAGACCAGUCAACAGAUCCCCGGCCAGAGAGCUGCACAGAGUGCUGCGAAUCCCCUGGCUCACGAUGGCUCGGCGGCAGCGUCUGCGCCUCCUCCUCCGCUCACUCACCCCGGGUGCAAGGAACCUGUCCCCAGACACAGAGCUUGGCUCUCCUCGUGUAGACCUCCCCCUCCUCGGACACGACUCUGUGGCCCUGGACAAGCUGCUGUCCCUCCCUGAGAGACAGCAGCUGGAGGAGGCAGGAGCUGGACUCCUGCUGUGGGACGAAGACAGGGAGGAGGAGGAAAUGAGAGUAGGGGUGAGAGGAGGAGAGAGAGGCAGCUCGUUGGCACAUAGGAGGAGGAGUGAGGGAGACAGAAAGAGAAGAGGGGGAGGAGAUGGGCUACUUGUUGAUACAUCUGCAGCAAGAGGAGGGAGGAGAGGUCUGCCCCCCCCUCCAGCCUCAGCACCCCCAACUGUGGCCUUGCCUCUGGCCUCCUCACAGGCAAGGAGGGAGGAGCGAGGGAGAGGCCGAGGAGAGGAGGAGCGUCCUCUCCCAUCCUGCAGGUCUGACGGCAGCAGGGCCACAUUAAAACACUCAUCCUCAGUGGACGCUAUCAAGCUUGGGCAGAGUUACUGGGAGAAGAGGCUGCAGCUGAGACACAGCUGCACCGCUGGUAUGCUCUCCAUCAGGAAGAGCAGUGUGCCGGUGGGGACGUCAGACACAGAGUCAAACUGCUGGUCAAACAGCCAGCCGCAGAUGAGUCAGGGCCUGCUGGAAACAAAGGCGUUACCUCCUGGAGAAAUCAGACCCCCCAUCAAACUGAUGGACAGAACCCACAAUGUGACUGAGAAGGUCACACAGGUGAUGUCUCUGGGUGCUGAUGUGUUACCGGAGUACAAACUGGAGACCCCCAGGAUCCAGAAGUGGACCAUCCUUCACUACAGUCCCUUCAAAGCUGUGUGGGACUGGGUCAUUCUGCUGCUGGUCAUUUACACCGCCAUAUUCACUCCUUAUUCUGCCACCUUUCUACUGAGUGACCAGGAGGAGGCCGCCAUGCAGAACUGCGGGUACUCCUGCUCCCCGCUCAACGUGGUGGAUCUCAUAGUGGACAUCAUGUUCAUCGUAGACAUCCUCAUCAACUUCAGGACUACAUAUGUGAACUCCAAUGAUGAGGUGGUGAGCCAGUCUACUAAGAUCGCAGUGUACUAUUUUAAAGGCUGGUUCCUUAUCGACAUGGUGGCCGCCAUUCCCUUUGACCUCCUCAUCCAACGCUCCGGAGAGGAGGUGGUUAGGGGAGGUGGAGAGGGAGAGACCACCACUCUGAUUGGCUUACUGAAGACAGCGAGGUUACUGCGAUUGGUUCGUGUAGCCAGGAAGUUGGACCGUUACUCGGAGUACGGGGCAGCUGUCCUCUUCCUCCUCAUGUGCACCUUCGCUCUCAUAGCCCACUGGCUGGCCUGCAUCUGGUACGCCAUCGGUAACGUGGAGCGCUCCACCUCGGCUGGGAUCGGCUGGUUGGACAAUCUGGGCGAGCAGCUGGGGAAGCCCUACAACGACUCCAUCAGUGGCUCGGGCCCCAGCAUCAGAGACAAAUAUGUCACGGCUCUGUACUUCACCUUCAGCAGUCUGACCAGCGUGGGCUUCGGGAACGUCUCCCCCAACACCAACUCUGAGAAAAUCUUCUCCAUCUGCGUCAUGCUGAUCGGAGCUCUGAUGUAUGCCAGUAUUUUUGGGAACGUGUCAGCCAUUAUACAGCGGCUGUACUCUGGCACGGCGCGCUACCACGCUCAGAUGAUGAGGGUCCGAGAGUUCAUCCGCUUCCACCAGAUCCCCAACCCUCUGAGGCAGCGGCUGGAGGAGUACUUCCAACACGCCUGGUCCUACACCAACGGGAUCGACAUGAACGCUGUUUUGAAAGGUUUCCCAGAGUGUCUCCAGGCAGAUAUUUGUCUCCACCUCAACAGGUCACUGCUGCAAAACUUUAAGGCUUUCAAAGGAUCCUCUAAGGGCUGUCUGAGGGCCCUGGCCAUGAGGUUCAGGACCACCCACGCUCCUCCUGGGGACACCCUGGUCCACGCUGGAGAUCUGAUAUCGGCGCUGUACUUCGUCUCUAGAGGAUCCAUAGAGAUCCUCAAAGGAAACGUGGUGGUAGCUAUACUGGGGAAGAAUGAUAUCUUUGGAGAGCCCAUCAAUCACUGUGCUCUGCCUGGAAAGUCCUGUUCAGACGUCAGAGCUCUGACCUACUGUGACCUGCACACCAUCAACAGAGAGGACAUGUUGGAGGUUCUCGGCAUGUAUCCGGAAUUUUCUGAAUACUUCUGGUCCAAUUUGGAUCUCACCUUCAAUCUCAGAGAUGUGAAUGAUGAUGCUGAAGAUUGUGGAGAAGACUCUGACUGUGAGGGGCUGUGCAGAACCCCAAGGAAACACACACUCUCUUCCACACACACAGGUAACCCCUUAGCAGGGAGGAGAGGGGAACCUGUAAAAUCUGCCCACACAGGUAGAGAAACUCACAGAGACACAGAGCAGCGUGUUGGUAACAUCAGAGAGGAUCAUACACACGCACUAUAUGUCCCCGUGUUCUCCAGUGACGAUGAAGGAGAUGAUUCAGAGGUGACCUCCAUGAUCCAAGCUGCUGCCACAAACCUGAGAAGACCUCCUCCUUCCAGCCCUCCCCCCGCUGCAGCCGUCAUCUCUCGGAGGCAGAAGGUGGAGUUAGAGAAGAGGCUAGAGGCCCUGCACGGACAGAUCACCAGGUUGGAGUCCCGUAUGCAAGCAGACAUUGGCAUCCUCAUGCAGCUGCUGCAGAGACAGCUGCCAAUAAUUCCACCGUCCUACAGCACCCUGAUAGCAACACCAAACGCACCCUCCUCCGCCAUUCUGACCCCCACUGCUACCUCCCCCACAAACAAGUCACCAAAAACUAACCCUGUGCAGCAACUGUCCAAAGAAAACCAAGAGGAUAUCCUUCAACAACUCCCUUAA